AUCAUUCUAAAAUUUGUGGUAAAAUAGUAAUGGAGUAUCUAAAAUAUAUUUUAUUCUUGGUGCUAUUGGGCACAAGUCUUUCUUUCGCACAUGAUUACUCUAAGGUAAGGAAAAGUCCAUUACUUUUGGGAAAAUAUUCCGGCUUGUACGAUGAUUGGUGGCAAAAUGCCGUUUUAUACCAAAUUUAUCCCAGGAGUUUUAAAGAUAGCAAUAAUGAUGGAAAUGGAGAUCUUCAAGGAAUAAUCGAUAAGUUAGAUUAUUUUGUAACAACUGGUAUUGACGGAGUAUGGCUCUCUCCUAUUUACAAGUCUCCACAAGUAGAUACUGGAUACGAUAUAUCUGACUUCAAAGAUGUUGACCCCAUUUAUGGUAGUCUAGAAGAUCUGAAAUUGCUAGUUAAUGAGGCUCACAAACGCAAUCUUAAAUUUAUUUUGGACUACGUACCAAACCACACCAGUGAUCACCACGCAUGGUUUUUGGCAUCUGUAAACGGUACUGCUCCGUACGAUGACUACUAUAUUUGGAAAAAUGCCUCAUAUGUUAACGGAACUAGAACACCGCCAAAUAACUGGUUAAGUUACUUUGGAGGGUCUGCUUGGGAAUGGAACGACCAAAGGCAGCAGUACUAUUUGCAUCAGUUCAGUAUUGCCCAACCUGACUUAAACUACCGUAACCCUAAAGUGGUAGAAGAAAUGAAAAACGUUUUAAGGUACUGGUUGGACUUUGGCGUUGAUGGUUUUAGAAUGGACGCGGUUGUGGCUCUAUUUGAAGACGAAUUCUUUAGGGAUGAACCACUUGCAAAUAAUACCAGCGUUUCUGCUGAUAAUCAUGACUUCUUAGAUCAUAUUUACACUAACAACCUUAAUGAAACCUACGAGCUCAUCUAUCAGUUUCGUGAUCUUCUAGAAGAAUUCAAUGCUAACAACAGCAACCUAUCAACCAGAAUUAUGAUGACCGAAGUAUACGCUAAUCUAGAAGACACCAUGAGGUAUUACGUCAGUGAUGAUAAUACCAGACUAGGUGCCCAUUUCACUUUCAACUUCAUAACGUUUAUCCAAGAAACUAAAAUGAACUUCACUGCUAUGGAACUAGCCCAUAAUAUUAUGUUGUUCGAUUUUAAUGUUCCAUUUGGAAGCACUCCUAAUUGGGUGCUUGGCAACCACGACAAUACAAGGGUUUCCACAAGACUAGGAGUUGAAAAUGUGGAUGCUUUUAAUAUGCUUAUUGCACUUUUGCCCGGAGUUCAAAUUACUUAUCAAGGGGAAGAAAUUGGACAAGAAAAUGGUGAAGUAACUUGUGAGCAAGGGUAUGAUCCCCAAGCAAUCAAAAACUGCAGCACCUUUAGUGAAACUAGCAGAGACUUUGAACGUACUCCUUUCCAAUGGAAUAAUUCCACUAAUGCCGGAUUUAACGAUGGUCAUUCCGCCUGGCUCCCAGUAAGUAAAAAAUACCUAAAUACCAACUUAGCUGCGCAAGACAUUUCUGGAUUAGACAGUCACUAUAACAUCUACAAAACAGCUGUUCAGGUCAAAAAAGAAUUUAAGAUAGUGAGAGACAUAGAAACGUUAUCCUGGGGCGGUAAUAUCGAAGGUGUUUUCUACUUUAGAAGAUCAAUCGAUGACAGGGUGGACUAUGCUGGUUUGUUUAAUGUUGCAGACCAAUCGCAAUUCGUCACUAAUUUUGUUUUGCAAAAUUUUACAAUGGAAAUUGUCGCCAAAAGUUUAAAUAGUCAGUACAAUAUAGGUGACUUUUUCAAUUAUUCUUUGCCAUUGCUUCCAAGAGAAUCAUUCUUGAUGAAGCUGACUGACCAAAAUAAAUAAGAUUCAUAGUGUGAUUUUAUUAUAUUUAAUUUUUUUACUGUAUUAGUGCUUUGAAUGUAAUAAAAAAUAUUCAUUUAUAAACAA